AGAACAGAUAGACAAUAAGCUUGUAAUCGCAAUUUGCACACCAUUGAUGAAACGAAUUCAUCAAAAGCAUGAAUACAGUGGCGAACUAGUGUUUAUUGACGCUUCGGGGGGUAUGGACAGGCCAUUUGGAGAUUCUUGUGGGAGGCGAAAAAUAGCAUCCAAAAGGAACAUCGUCCUCAUCUGCUAUUUCUUGUCAAAACCAUGACGUACGCCACCUCAAAGGAGGCACUAGAAGCAGCCUACACCGAACUAACAAACAGUGAUGUGGCAGAAAUGUACCCGAAGUACAUCCAACAUUGCGAGCAUUUGUAUGAUCGUCGUGCAGAAUGGGCCCUAUGUUAUAGGGAAGAAUUACCCGUCAGAGGCAAUAAUACAAAAAAUUACGCUGAGGCGGCCAUGCGCAUCUUGAAGGACAAAGUAUUUGAACGAGUUAAAGCAUACAAUGCAGUGCAGUUGCUAGAUUUUUUGCUGACUAGGAUGACAAGUUACUAUGAGAGGCGGUUGACUGACCUUGCGAAUGGUUGUAUUGAUGUCACUGUGUCGCAGAAGUACCUCCCUGGCGGUGCUGUCAUCCCAAAAGAGAUGGUGACAAAAACUGGUCCUGAUACCUUCGAAUGCAGAAGUCAAUCAAAAGAGGAUGUGACUUACUACAUUGAAAUGUCAAUUUCACUGUGCACUUGCUGUGCUGGUAUCAAUGGUGCACCUUGUAAGCACCAAUAUGCUGUUGUCCGCCAUUUCAAUGUCUCAUCGUUGAAUUUUCUUCCCCUCAAUGAUCCAGUGAUGCGUCAACACUUGCUGUACCUUGCUACAGGAAUGGAAAAUGUCCGUCCUGGUUGGUUUACCAGCCUUACAGGAGGUGUCAAUCAUAAACCAGUAGAACUUGAAGAGGACAAUGCUGUUGAUUCGUGUGACAAUGUUUUCCUAUAAGUGAUGAUGAUAUGGAUGUGCCACUUAGCGAUGCUCCUGGUACCAGUAUGUCGACCAGUACUAGUGUACA